CCCAAGCUCAAUUUUACAAAACUUUAAACGAAAUUUCCGACCUAUUUCGGCUAUGCCGUUAGUUGGAUGAUUUGAAGUAUAACAGUUAAAUUAUUUCAAGCGACACCUAGCGUGCAUUAGUUGUAACAACAGUAGCCCAAGUUUCACAUCACAAUUCUAGAUCGACUACUUCAGUUUAAGCAUAGAUGCCGCAGCUGUCAUCUUUAAAUGACAGUUAGCCAAUCGCGCCAUCUGCAGUUAAACAAACUGCAAAUCGUGGCUGUCAAAUUGGUUAACGGCGCUCUCACAGCUUUGUAUCUCUUUUCCAAUCAGUCCAUUUUAAAAUAAUUUGCUGGGUGGGUGCGUUUGGCCACCUUCUUCGCAUUGACAUUAUUUUGAUUUCAUACAAAACAAUUUUAAUUUCUGAUACGGAAAUGAAUAUAAAAAUAUUUAAAAAAACCAAAUUUCAGUGAUCAAUGUUUAAUGAAUUUAUUGUAAAUGAAAAAAAAAAUUUUAGUGACUCCGGCUUUUGCAAACGCUAGUGAAAAACAAGCAAAGCGAGUGUUGUGAAGUGCAGGCAAAACGGUGGAAAUCUGCAGUAAUUGUUGUCUGAAGGUCUGCGUCGGUUUGCAGUUUGGACAAUAUAUAAACAAAUUUUAAACUAUUUUGCAAGAAGUGGCAAUCAAUUUUUAUAAAACUGUUUAUCGGUGCAUUUAACUGUGCCUGAUUCCCUUUGCUGUUUAACUCUUACGUGGCGUUUGCAGCGGCUCAGCUGGUCUUGUUUGGUUAACCGGCUUUGCAUGGCAACGACAUUCUGAGAAGAUGGCCCACGUUGUCGGCGUUCCCAAGCGAGAUCCGUGCCAAAAAUGUCAAUUGCCUGUGUUCCUCGCCGAACGCCUAUUGGUCGGCAAGAAAGUCUAUCAUCGCACGUGUCUGAAAUGUGCGCGUUGCGGCUCACAACUGACACCAGGCAGUUUCUAUGAGACCGAGGUGGAUGGUGAAUACUGCUGUGAGACAUGCCCCGACGAGGAGGUGCAAUUAAAUACCACUGGUGCUAGCGGUGAGGACUUAGCCGUCGGUGGUGUGCAAUUGCGGCAGUCGAGUGCAGAGCAAACACCAACAAGCAGCAGUCUCAACGCAGCGCUGCCGAAGAACGUGCGCAGCUCCAUAGCCGACCGUUUGGCAUUCUUUGAGCAGACGAAAAAAGAUGCUGCCGCUGGUGCCAGUGGUAGCAGUGAAGCAGCAACUAGCAGUAAAUUUUUGUUACAGAAAAGCGUGUCGGACGAAGAGAAAAGCAAGAGUCUGCAACGCAUGGAAGCGCCAACAACAUCAAUGUACAAAAUGAACAGCGCGCUUAGUAGCUUUCUCAAUGACACCAUUGAUGGUGAGGGCGAUGACGUCGAAAGUCUAACUCACACGGUGGAAAGUAAAUCGGGCACUGAGACACAAAUGGAGACCUCAGAUACCGAAAAUGAUACCGACGCUGAGACAAGUUUGGAUGAUGCAGCUCCAGCAUUGCCCAAGACGCAGCCACCAAAGGUUACACCGGAUGGGAGUGAUACUGAGAGAGAGAAAGCGCAGCACACCACUACAGAUAAUAGAAGAUUCACAGCUACUGCAGAACUACAACUGGCAACAACAAGCAAGGAUGCGCAGAACACAGAAAACGUUGAGCCGGCUGAAAAGACAACAACAACAAGUGACAGCGGCACUGGAACACCAAUUGCGAAGAAGAGAACACAUGUGGAGCUGAAUUUGACAACAGCAAAAACAGCGGCAGAUACAACGCCAGCACCACCGCAAGCACACGCCGAGCAACAAGCGGAUAAUGCCAACAACAAUGACCAUCACAAGGACGUUUUAAAGCGCAUCGCUACAGAAACGCCAGAACAAAAAGCGCAAACAAGCCUAACAACAACAAAUAACUUAGAUUUAAGUGAACCUAAUUCUAAUGAAGAUGUUACCAAAGACCAUAAUGCAGAUACACACGUAAUUGCGGCAGCAACAACAGCAACAACCACGACGUCAAAUGCUGAGAAGCUCGAGACACUGCGUGCCAACCUCCGAGAAUUGGACACGGAGAGCGGCACGGAGAAUAUGGACACGUCCGUGGAGAAGCCUGUUGAAAUGCGCAUAAAGUCACUGGAGUCGGCGGAGGAUGUGGCAACCACCGAACGGCUCAGUGUGGUGCGUGCGCGUCUGCAACAAUUCGAAGUAAUUGCAAACAAACGUAAUAAUAACGCUAAUGAGGAGAAGCAAGCCGAUAAUGAUACGCGUAAUGAUAAUAAUACAACACUAAACACUGAGUAUAAGCUAAGUGAACCUGAAACCGAUAACACUAACACUGAUAGCGAUAAGAAACUAAUGAAUGCGGGGCCUGAAGUGGUUGCGAAGGUCACCACGCCACCAGCCACGCCCACAAGCAAUGCAGCAAGUGCAACUGAAAGUUUGACUAAAGUAAAUCUCGAAGACGAAGCGAAAUUACGAGCAAUGGAAACGGAGAAGGCUGACAAAAUCGAAACUAAAGCAAAGGAAAUCAAGGAAUCGCUUACGAAUGAAGUGCCUUUAGAAGCGGAAGCAGUAAAAGACAAUAAUUUAGUAUUAGACGCAGAGGAGCCGGAACAAAAACCACUAGUGGCAGCACCGCGUAUAGAAAUAAGCGUAGUGGAGCACAGUGAAGAUGCAAUAAUGACAGAAACAGAAUCAAAACUGGAUAUGUCAAGCGCUGUUGACGCGCCCAAAGCACAGUUGGAUACGUCCAGCAAAGUCGCCGACACUACAACACCAGAAAAGCAGCUGGCAACAACGCCCAGCAAAGUUAGCACCGAAGCAUAUCCCGAAGACUUGAAUCCCUUCAAAUCAGAAGACGAAGACGACGACGAAUUCGUUACAAACAAGGAAAAUCUACAAAAAGAACCAGUUACAUUGAGAACAUCACAACCCCGUGGUGCCAGCACAGUCGCCAAAUCAGCGGAGAAGUCGCAAAAUCUCAAUCCUUUCGAUAGCUCCGAUGAUGAGAUUGAGCUGGAGAAGUCAUCAUCACGCAACUCAACGGCCGCCUCUACACCCACAGGCGGCAAAGUGCCGCCACCACGUCCACCACCACCGCGCAUAUCGCGCAAUCCGUUCGGCGAAGAGGCCGAUGAGGAGACCGCGGCGCAAUUUUCACGUCGUUCCAGCUUAACGUCAUCGCUGACGAAGAAGACGCCAGUACCCACACCGCGCACCAAUAUAUCACAAUCACAAAAUCCCACACCGGAACCCACGCCACGCCUCAGCAACAAAUCCGCACAAUCCAUCUCACCGUAUAUUCUGCAAAAUUCCAGCGAUUACUAUGGCAGCGUUAAUUCGCUCGGCAGCACACCGCAGAGCCUGCAUCGCAACACGGAUGCGCGCGGCUCGAAUAACUCCUUGACUUCGUCCGCGGGUGGCACAAUACGUUCGCGCAAAUCACGCAAAGCGCCCGCGCCGCCCACACCGCUCGCCAAGGAAUUAUUCCCAACAGCCACACCACCACCACCAUCGGCGACAAGCGUCACCGCCAACAUUACCAGCGAUCGCCAGACCGACAGCUCCAAAGCAUCCACACCCAGUUCCAGCACUGUCGGCACACCGAAGUUGGGCCGUAAGAAACGCCCAGCGCCGGCGCCACCGAAGCCCGCGCGCCUCGAUCCCAGUUUGCUACCACCAGAUACGCCAGCAGCACAACAUACAAAUGGUACGGCGCCAAAAAACUCGCUUAAUUACCCUCUGCAAAGUGAAACAUCCGACUCGAAGCUAUCCGACGAAGAGAAAGCUUUGUUGGAGGGUAACAAACAGUUGUCCAUGGACAGCAUGAAGUCGACGGCAGGUGUCGACGAUGAGUUGAGCAGCCACGAGAGUCGGCGCAGCUCACGUCGUCUCAUACCGCUCGACGCGAGCCUAUUGCUGGAUGAGAAUGAACACUUGAAUGCGGACGCCAACGCGGAAGGCGACGGCAGCGGCAAGUGUGAUGAUGCGAAACAGAAGCAACAACUAUUGCGUUAUAGCGAGCAAGAGGAGAACAAUGUCGUGUAUCGGCGUGUCAUUGUGCCGCCCAGCCUGGAGACACCGACACGCGAGACAAAUCCACUGCUCGAUAACGGCCUACACGAUCGCCAAUUGGAGAAAAUGAAGGAUAACAAAGAGGCACAAAAUCGCAAUCGCCAAUCACAAAUUUCGGCUUCAUCAGGCGCGGAGGACUGUGACAUCACCGCGACGCCAUACAACAAAUCGGCGCAUGGCAAAUGGAAACGUCGCAAAGGUCCAGCGCCUGCGUUGCCCAUACCGCCGCGUAAGGUGCUGCAAAUGUUGCCGCUGCAAGAGAUACGUCACGAAUUGGACAUCAUUGAAGUACAGCAACAGGGGCUCGAGAAGCAGGGUGUUAUUUUGGAGAAAAUGAUACGCGAUCGCUGUGAGGGUCAGAAUGGUGAACUCUUGGGCGCAAACGCCACAGUGGUGGAUGCACCCGACGGCAAGAAGCCAAGCACAAGUGGCGCGGAGAGUGUGCAGAACUCAAAGGAGGUCGAAGAUCUUAUACUGCAGUUGUUUGAGCUGGUCAACGAGAAGAACGAACUGUUUCGUCGACAAGCCGAACUCAUGUACCUACGCCGCCAACAUCGCUUGGAACAGGAGCAAGCCGAUUUGGAGUAUGAAAUACGCGUGCUGAUGGCACAACCGGAACGCAAUAAAACCGACUCGGAUAAAGCGCGUGAAGAAACGCUCAUAGCACGCUUGGUCGAGGUGGUUCAGCUGCGUAAUGAGGUCGUGGAAUGUCUGGAAAUGGAUCGACUGCGCGAAGCCGAGGAAGAUUUGAGCAUUAAACAACGCUUAGAACUGCAUACCGCGCAGCGUGAAGAAGACACCGAUUCACGGAAAAUCACAGCCAAACUUUCCAAAAAAGAAAAGAAGAAGCUGAAGGAGUCGAAAAAGCUGAGCAAAAGCAAGAAAAUUGAUGCGGACAAGGAUGCUGAUGAAUCCGAACUAAAUAUGGAUAAACAGAAAUUGAAGAAAAAGAAGAAGAAAUUUCUUUUUUAAACCCAGACUGAGACGAGUUUCCAGCCGUUCAAUUAAGCGUACGACUUACAGCCGCCUUGUGAUAAUACUAUGACAAAAUUAUUUUCAAAAAAACUGUUUUCCUUGCGCUAAAACGCUAGUUUCAAACAAAUUCCAAGCUCUGAGCAAGCAGCGAGUCUAAAAAUUACAAUGAACCCCUCGAUAGAGAAACGUCUAUAUGCUCGUGCAGCCAAGAAAAGAGUUCCAUGCUCGUAAUAUUUAUUUAACUUUUAAUUUUUUUUUAAAACAUUCAUUGGCUUUAAUUAAAUUAUAAAUGAGAUGAUGAAUUAUUUUCAAAUUUUGUUUUUGUAUUCAUUCCUAGCCUGAAAUCUCAGCGUUUUCACUUUAAAAGGCCUGCCUUCAUAUUAUUAUUAUUUGAUUUUUUUUUUUGUUACAAAGAAAUGAAAUAUAAAUUACUAAGCAAAACUAUUUUUAAAACUUACACACAUACAUAUACACACACAGUGUUACUUGCGUAAUGUUAAUUAAAUCUAAGCUUACCUAUACAUAUACAUAUAUAUUAAACAAAUAUUUUGCAUGUAUUAUACUGUUAAAUUAAACUAAACAAACAACAAACACA